CCGCCGCCGGCGCCACACGGCCCGCCCGCCCGCCCGCCCGCGCCCGCCGCCGCCAUGCCCAAGUGCCCCAAGUGCCAGAAGGAGGUGUACUUCGCGGAGCGGGUGACCUCGCUGGGGAAGGACUGGCACCGGCCCUGCCUCAAGUGUGAGAAGUGUGGGAAGACCCUGACCUCGGGGAGCCAUGCCGAGCACGAAGGCAAGCCCUACUGCAACCAUCCCUGCUACGCCGCCAUGUUCGGACCCAAAGGCUUUGGCAGAGGAGGCGCUGAGAGCCACACCUUCAAGUAGACCCAGGCCCUGGAGGCCCCGCCCCCGGACCUGACCUGCUGCCCGUCCAGGCUGAUGCCCGGCUGUAACUCCGGGAGCCCUCCGCAGACCCCGUGCCCUCAAUAAACCAGCUGGGAAGGCUG